GUCACUUGAAAUUACCCUCUCAUAUUUAUAUUUUCAGAAAGAGAAACUUUUCAGAUCUGAUGUAGGGCUUUGUGGUUUGAUAUCUGGUAAUUCAGGUUGUCGACGUUGUUUCAAAUUUACUUUACUCUAUCAUUAUCAUGCCACGUAAAUUACGAAGCAAGACGAGCUUAGCUGGGAUCCAAGUACUGAAGAAACCUUCGUCAAAUGAUCAAUCUUCCCCAGGGCACAGAAUUCAAGUUGCAAGGAGAUGUAGGUCUAAGUCUGCAAGCCCAUGCUUCAACACCAAGAAGGACCAGGACAGGCCUAAGGUUCGCAGCAGAACAAGUCUAGGUGGAAUUGGAGUUCGUGACGUUAAUCUCAGUCCCAACUCUAGAUCUAAAGAUAUUCCUAAAGAUCAGCCUAGUUAUAGACCCAGCACAGAGGAUAGAUCCAGAAAGUUGCGGAGUAGAACUUGUUUAGCUGGUAUUGGUUCAAAUAGAACAACCGAACCUUCAUCCAGAUCAGGGAAUCCUUCAAGAACCAAUAACUUGGGUUCUAAGAGAUCUAGAUCAAGAUCAAGCAGUAGAAACAGUCGCUCCAGGGAGUCUAGAGAUUACGACAGAAGAAGAGAUAGCGACAGAAACGGAUCUGCAUCCUACCAUAGGAACUGGAAUCAGGGUUACCAAGGAUACAGGAAUCCUCGAUAUCAUGAGUUCAGAGCUCCAGGUUUUAAGAGAGAUAUCGAUAUUCGUCAGUUUAAUCGUAGGAGCGAGUAUUAUAGAACAAGGGAUGACACUUCAGACAGAACCAGGAACUAUUCACGGAGAAACUCUUACGAUGACAGGAAGUAUCAUGGAAACAGGAGUUCGGAACGUUCCAGGGAGCGGUUCAUUUCUCCACGUCGUCCCAUUUCACCUCGUUCUAGAUCUCCACGUCGUCGUCCCAUUUCACCCCGUCGUUCUAGAUCUCCACGCGGUUCACGAAACUCAAGAAACCUCAGAUCUGGAAGGAGAUCUUCCCGCUCAAAGUCUCGUGAUAGAAUUAAGAAAUCUCGAAGUAGGACUCCAUCUAAAUACUCUUCUGAACAGUCUUCAAGUAAACCGACAAGGAAACAGUCUACUAGAGCUAAAUCUCAAAGUCCAGCAAACAUAGAAAAAUCUACUAGAUCCAUAGAGGAUAAGGUUGAACCUAAGAAAAUUAAGGAGCUACCCACGGCACCGGAACCUGAGCUUGAAGUACUAGAAUGUAAUGAACCCAACCAUCUCCGUAGAUCUAGAUCCAUAACUCCAAAUGAAGGCGGAGCAGGGAAACCCAGUUUUGUCCCAAUUCAAGUUCCCUGUCCAGCAUACAAUACAGUUUCUGGUUGUAUUCAACCUAUGGAUCAUAUAAAGAAGGUAAUGUUCGUGCAUGCAUGCUCAUUGUGUUUUGCUUUGAACGAAUCUGAUACAAAACAUAGCUAUGCGGACUGUCCAUCUCUCAGAAAGACGUUUUUCAGUGGAGGUUCAACACAGAUACUAAUUAGUUGUUCUACACCAUCCCCUCCUGCUCAUCCUUCUACUACACCACCACCUCCUCCAGCUCCUCCUUCUCUAGCUUCUUCUCCACCACCACCUCCUUCUGGCCCUAGUUCUACCCUUCCUCCAACUCCUGCUCAUCCUUCUUCUUCCCCACCACCACCUCAUGCUGGUCCUGGUUCUACCCCUCCUCCACCUUCUGCUCACCUAAGUUCAACACUAUCUCUUUCUGUUCAACCUUGUUUUACAUCAACACCUAAACUCAAACCUACUCGACAGGGUGAAGAUAUUCGUAUUUUGACUCCAUUAUCAGAAGAUAUUCCGCUCUCUAAUCUCACCAAAAGUUCAAUAGCUGGUCUGAGUGUCAUUGGAGAAAAAUCCAAAUCUUCCAAAUCCCCUGACGUGGAUACUCUCUGUAAUAAUAAAAAUAAUAAAGAUUCGGCUCAACAGUUAUCCGAACAAGAAAUCUCUUUGGAUUUUGAGCUAGGGAUUAAUAACGAAGAGAGGUUCAGUCCUGAUAAAACUUCACCCUCAAAUCAGAACGAUGAAUCAGCCUCAAAUGGUACUAUGUCAGCAAGGACUGAUUCUUCAAAAUUGACUGCUGGAAUGAGCAAAACGAAAUUGAAUUCAGCUCCCUUGGAUAUACAGCUGACAGCAAAUUGUAACAAAUCUUUCACUCAAGACGUCGCACUUACAGACCAGGAAAGUUUUGAGGGAUCAUCUUCAAUUAAGAUUUAUGCUUCUGGUUUGGGUUCCACAGUAUCCAGCAUCUCAGGGAGUGCUAAAGCUGAGCAACCUCCCAAGAUACCUCUAGAUUCUCCAGAGAAGAGUACAAAAGAGUCUGAGAAAUCCCAGGUAAUGACAAGAUCGAGUGUGAGAAAAUCUAGUAAUUUGCAUAGUAGAUGUAGUUAUGAUAAUACAGAGAGAAAAUCCUUUGACUCUCAAAGCAAAAGGAAAAGAUAUAAGACACAACUACCAGCAUUACCAGUAAAUUAUUCACGCAAGAGCAGGGCCAACUCUGUUCCACCAAAUUCCUACGAUAGAAAAAACACAGCUCACAAUCGGGAUCAAUCCUCUUCCACCUCCUCGUCCUCGUCCUUGUCCUCGUCCUUAAGCUCCGACAGCGAGGAUGAAAGAAAGAAAAGAAGGAAGACAAGAUGUAAACCUAGUUCAUCAGAUGAUUCAAGUUCUAGUUCAUCAGACUCAUCUGAUGAAUCGUCUGAUGAGGAACCAUUACCGAAGAAGAAAAAGAUAUCUCAGGCUAGAGUUAGAAAACAAAAGAGCAGCAAGGAUAAGUCAAUCCCUGUUAAAGAGUCCUUUAGUAAACUGGGAACCAACAGAUCUAUCAAACUGAAGAUUGAACAAGAGAUGGAGAAAAUAAAAGACGAAAUCAGAAUUACGAAACUGAAGACCAAACUUGAAAAUACUGUCAAGAAAAGAAAGAAAGUAGAAAGCUUGAGCCAAGCACUGAGCAAUCGCCUGAGUUCCAAUUCAGUUUCUGAUCCUUGUGAAGAAUUUUCUUCCUGCACAGAAAACUCGAAGAUUAACUCCUUGCCCUCGAAUGAACCUAACAUUCAACCGCGAUCCAGUCGCAGGCUAGCUCAAGCUUCAGUUCCAAGAUUUAAGGGAAAGAUAGUUUUCAAGAACGUAAGAAAACCCAGGUCCAGACCUGCAAAGAAAAACAUAUUAGAAGAUGAUAUUCCUUGCACUGUGAAAUCCAUGUCUUCCAUACCAAUAAUUAAGGAUAGUGGUGACACCAAUGAUAAUGUUACAAUUAACGGAGAAAUCUCUGUAACUGAGUCCAAUUUUGCAGAGGACCCGAUCACUCAAUUAAAUCUCCUGAUGAAAAUGAAAUCUCUACCCUUCCCUCCUGGAAUCUCUCGUCAGAAGAUAGCUUCAAAGCUCAAGUCAGUCGACCUGGAGAAGAAACCUGAACCGCUAUCUCCAAACAAACCUCUGAAAGUUCAGCCAGUGGAAACUGAAACUGACAACACUACUGCUCCAGUGAUGUUACCUGAAAAAGCUUUAGAUUAUUCUCUAAUGACUGAUGUCACAAAGGUUGACUCUCCAGGGGAUUGCCAGGUACUGGAUAAUAACAGGGAUAUCACCAAUUCUCAGAUGACUACCAGAGAUAUGAAACCAGCAACAGUAAUUCCACAAUAUAUGAAACCAACUAUAGAAUCCAAGUUUAUCUCAAACAUACCAUUAUGUUCGUCUGAUACCUCGCCUAAACUCUCACUCGAUAAGUUGCAUCAAGAUCUGAUUUCAUCGCCGAUAUUUCCAGCAGAGAGGAUGAUUUCUCUUGAUGAAGGUGUCAGGAAAAAGAUUGAUGUUAUCAUUAGCAGACAAACCAAUAAUAAGAGGCGUAAGAACAAUUAUUUGUUUUUCAGUCAUUAGACCCCCAACUACAGUAUACAGUUAUGACACCGGCCCAAAACAACAAGAAAUAACGAAUAGAUCAGGACUACAGAUC